GGGGCGGGGAGUAUAUGUGCCCCCUCUAAACACCACCCCAGGAUCCGCCACUUGACACUCUACUACUAUACUAUUAUCAUACGGAGGAGGCGGGGCGUACGAUGUCAGUCUAUAAACAUCUAAGUCUAUUAUUGUCUUUUUGAACGCAGUGUAGUGUCAUUCCCACAAACUUGAGUACAUACAGAUCUUUGACACCCUUAUAGACAGAGGUACAUCGUUUUCAGUCGCUAAAAAUCUGUUCUUUCUGAAGUCGAUUGGAGUUGUUCAUGCAUGUGCAGGAGUGGGAAAUUUGUCUCCGUCUUUCUGCAGUUCUGUUUAUGCUGAGUAUCACCGUAUAGUACAACAUCACAACAACAUGCCGAAGUCAAAAGGUCUUAUGGAAAGGAUCAAGGAUGGGGAAACCGUCAUUGUUGCAGAGGGGUAUAUUUUUGCUUUUGAGCAUCUGGGAUACCUGAAAGCAGGGCCGUUCACCCCUGAAGUUGUAGUGGAUCAUCCCGAGCUGGUACGUCAGAUGUACAAGGACUUUGUACGCGCUGGAAGUGACGUAGUACAGGCGUUUACGUAUUAUGGUCAUCGUAACAAGUUCAAGCUGGUCGGACGGGAGGAUGAGCUCGAGAAGCAGAAUCGUCUAGCACUCAAGCUGGCGAGAGAAGUGGCCGAUGAGACGGGAACCCUGAUGUGCGGUGACCUCAGCAACACGUUUGUGUACCAACCUGGUAACGAGGAGGCGAUUGCUACGACAAAAGCGAUGUUCAAGGAACAAGUCGAGUGGGCCGUGGACGAGGGGGCUGAUUUCAUCGUGGGCGAGACGUUUGGUCACUUGGGAGAGGCUAUGCUUGCAACCCAGGCCAUCAAAGAAUACGGAAAAGGUGUACCGGCAGUCAUCACCUUCGGAACGCACUUCAGCAAGUACUCCAAAGAUGGCAAGGUCUUGACUGCCGACGACGUCGAGUUCAACGACGCUCUUCGACGUCUCGUAGCUGCAGGCGCCGACGUCGUCGGCUUCAACUGCAUGUCUGGACCUACGUCCAUGCUGCCUCUACUUGAGAGCGCAGCAAAGGCAGAUAUCGGGGUUCCUAUAGCUGCCCUGCCAGUGCCAUACAGAACUACUAUGGAGGAACCAAACUUCACGACCAUCAAAGAUCCCGUAUCAGGACAACGAGCAUUUUAUACCGAUCUCGACUGCCUUCUCUGUUCUCGCACUGACAUCGUCAAGUUCGCUGAGCGUUGUGCCCAACUCAAAAUACCGUACGUGGGACUCUGCUGCGGAAAUUCGCCUCACUACACCAGGACCCUGGCCGAAACUCUGGGGAGGGUCACCGAGGCGUCCAAGUAUUCACCAGACAUGUCUCUACACGGAUUCUACGGCACGAAUGCUGGCAAGGUCAACACUUACUACACCAAGAUGACCCAAGACCUGCCAGCAACUAAGGCUAUGACCGCAAAAGAAUAGAAAACAAGACGAACGUCUCGAGGAGGAAGAGAAAGACGAAGAAAAAAAAAGGAGGGAAAGAGGAAGAGCAGAAGGAGUAGAAGAAGAAGAAUAAAAAGAAGAAGGAGAAGAAGAAAUAGAACAGAAAUGAGAUAAAAGAGAAAGGAAAUCUUCAAAAUGUAAAGCAUAGUCCUGUAGACUAAGUCUAGCUUCAAAGAUUAUCAUAAUCAAAAAAGGGUCUUUUUGAAAAACGUGUAAAAACAAUUCGAUCAUAUGUACAGCAAAAUACAUAUCUCACGUUUUAGGCUAACGAUAUUAUUUACUUCUACAAGUGAUAGACUUAAAAGACUUUAAAAGUUAAUAUAAUUUGAGAAGAAACCCAUUUAAAUUACACAAAUCCUACUUCAAAUAUUACUUAUUUGAUCAUGAACAAGACAGUUCCCUAAAUUUUAUUUACUCAACUUUUAAAUGCUUUUGAUGGGUCUGCCAUUAAUAUGGUGAAGUAUAGGAUGUCUUAGUAUUGAUCUGUGAAUGCACAGUGACAAUGGCAUUUUUACGUUUUUUGUAUUGUGAACACUGAAAAGGUAAUUUUUGUAUUGGUGCUUUCACUAUAUGCAAGUAGAAUAACUAUUUUCCUUCAAUGAAAUCAUCUUUAUUGAAUUGAAUCUAAGCAAUUAUAGGAACACACUGACAAAACUGACAAAGCAAAUCUGUUUUGCUGCAAUUUGUAAUAGCUGCAGUCUUGAUGUAUAAUCUGUGGAAGUGUAACUAGUGAACUUUAUGAAGUUUUUUUUCCUAGUAUUCAUUGAUAUCAGUGCGAAUAUGCAUGGGGAAAAAAAAGAUUAAAACGUUUGUGUUAUGUAAUGUGGUAUGCAAUACUUUUUCCCUGUAGUCUGAUUGAAAUAAACGACACUGAAAUUUUA